AAUAUAACAUACACCAGCUGAAAUCCGCCAGUUUGUUCGUCGUCGCCAAUGUUGCCUUACGCCACCAUCCACGACGCCGAGGCUGCCCUGGGCAGAUCCCUCUCAAACGCAGAGACCGUCUGGUUCAAUUACUCGGCCACCAAGUCCGACUACAUCCUCUACUGCCACAACAUCAUCUUCCUCUUCAUCAUCUUUUCUCUCUUCCCCUUCUACUACCUCUUCCUCGAAUACUUCUUCACCAAUUCCGUCGCCCCUUUCAAAAUCCAGCCCAAAGUCAAGCUCUCCUUCUCCGACACUCUCCACUGCUACAAAUCAGUCAUGCGCAUGUUCUUCCUCGUUGUUGGGCCGCUCCAACUCGUCUCCUAUCCCUCCAUUCUGAUAAUAGGAAUAAGAACCGGAUUGCCACUGCCUUCAUUGUGGGAAAUUGCGUUGCAAUUGGGGGUCUAUUUCCUUGUGGAGGACUACACAAACUAUUGGGUCCAUAGGUUUCUGCAUUGCAAGUGGGGGUAUGAAAAAAUCCACAAGGUGCAUCAUGAAUACACUGCUCCGAUUGGAUUUGCUGCGCCGUACGCUCACUGGGCUGAGAUUUUGAUCCUCGGGAUCCCGUCUUUUCUGGGGCCCGCAAUGGUCCCCGGGCAUAUGAUCACAUUCUGGUUAUGGAUUGCGUUGAGGCAGAUUGAGGCUAUUGAGACUCACAGUGGGAUCAUUGUAAAUCAGAUGAAGCUCAUAACCAGUUCAUUCCAUUGUAGAGGUGAAGCAGUUUCAAUUAAAUUUCUUGAACGAAGUUGUGUCCAAAUGGAAAAAGAAUGGAAAGAUGUGGUGUGCUUAUCGUACGAGUGUUGGCUUGGUUUCUCUACUUACCUGUUGAUUAGUUUCAGAAAGUAUAUCUUGUUGAGGUAUGACUUCCCUUGGACUCCGACGAAGUAUAUUCCAUUUUACGGUGGCCCAGAUUACCAUGAUUACCAUCACUAUGUUGGUGGACAGAGCCAAAGUAACUUCGCAUCAGUAUUCACCUAUUGCGAUUAUAUCUAUGGCACUGAUAAGGGAUACCGCUACCAAAAGAAAGUUCUUCUGCAGCUACGCGAGGGGCUUAAAACCAAGAACGGGCAGAAUGGACGUUUGCACGACCAAUUUGCACAAAGCCAUAAAGAGGAAUAGCUUCUGGAUAAAUUAUAUUUUGGUCCAAUGUCAAAACUAAGUCUCUUUUGCAUCCACAUCUUGUCGUUCUUAUCGUUCAGAACGGCUUUGCUUGGUGCUCAGCCGGUAGGUUUCCGAGCUUUAUCCUUGUGUAGUUUAGGUAGACAUAACAUUAUGGUUUGUGGUUUGUACUUUGCUAUCUAUGUAAUUUUGGUAUAAAAAUUGCUUGCUUGUUUUACUAUAUACUCUUUUGUAGUUUUAUGGAAGGAGGCUUUGGAUUUA